AUGUCCGAUGAAACCGCCAUUGCUCAAAUUAGUAGUUAUUUAUUGGUAAAUUUACCACCAUAUUUCAGAUGGGAAUUUGGGUUUUCAGCGCUGUCUCUUGGUUACCCAUCAUGUUUAUUUGAUACAAUUCCAACGACAGUUGAUGUAAUCGCCCUCUUUCUAACAAGCGAAUAUGGCAGGCUAUACGGUGAGUAUGCCGCAAACUCCGACCAGACUCCAGUGCAACCUGCAAUAGGAGAAAAUGACCGUCCAUUCGUUUCACCUUUACCAUUCUUUCCUGAUGUUAAACAUGCUUUUAAAACCGCCCAACUGCCUAUCGCUAUGUUGACUGUCUUUUCUGCUAGUUUCAGUUCUCGCGGAACCGAUCGUCAGUCGCGGGACCUCGAGGACGAUCGUUGUAAAUUCGAACUUUCGAUCGUCAAGGCAAAUCGAAUUAACGUUCUAACGGGUUGA